AUGGAGUCGGUGGAUGAGAUCUCGCGUCCUGAGGAUGCUGGUGGGAAGACCCCCGGCUCCAAGACGACAACUGCGUUGUUGCAGAACCCCCUCGCACACCUGAACCAUGACGAUAUCACUGCUGACGUCGAUGCCUUUGUCGUCGCUAAGGGCCUGCCCGACUACCGCGAUGUCUUUCGCAAGGGAGCACUCCUGGCCAAGGUUCACAACUCUCCCGAUGGAUUCGAGACUCUUCCUGAGCUAUCGGAAAACGACAAAGAGAUCCUCCGUUACGAGAAUGAACACCGUUGGUCUUCUCAGCCCAAGAUGCUCUACUUCCUCUGCGCCUUGUGCGCUGGUUGUGCCAUUGUGCAGGGCAUGGACCAGACCGUCAUCAACGGUGCCCAGUACUUCUACUUUAAAGAAUUUGAUAUCGGCGAAGAUCAGGCAUUGAUGCGGGGUCUCGUCAAUGGAGCCCCAUAUGCCUCUGCCGCUCUGAUCGGAUGCUGGUUGAACGCUCCGCUGAACCACUACUGGGGCCGCCGCGGCACCAUUGCCUUCUCAUGCUUCUUCGCUUUCGUGACUGCUAUCUGGCAGGCGGUUUCUCCUGGCUGGGUUUCACUCCUCAUCGCUCGUUUCGUCCUUGGCUUGGCUGUUGGCGCUAAAUCGAGUACCACACCUGUCUACGCUGCCGAGUGCGCUCCCCCGAACAUCCGUGGCGCUCUCACCAUGAUGUGGCAAAUGUGGACGGCUUUUGGAAUCAUGAUAGGGUUUGCAUCUUCUCUCGCCUUCCAGAAUGUGGAUUUCCUCGGGGAGACUUCUCAAUGGCGCUGGAUGAUAGGAUCAACGGCACUCCCACCUCUGGUCGUCGGUUGUCUUGUCUACCUCUUGCCGGAGAGCCCUCGUUGGUACAUGGAUAAGGGUGACUUUGAGCGAGCUUUUGUGUCCCUGCAAAAACUCCGUAGCAACGAUUUACAGGCGGCACGGGACAUGUACCUCGCAUGGAAGUUCCUUCAGGUCGAGGAGCAGACUAAGGAGGGCCGGAGCGUCCUCAAGGAGUUCUUCACUGUCCGACGAAACUGGAGAGCUGCGCAGUCUUCGUGGUUCUGCAUGUUGAUGCAACAGUUCUGUGGUGUGAACGUCAUUGCGUACUACAGUACCGAGAUUUUUAAGGGCGCUGGAUACUCGCGCUCGCAAGCGUUGCUCGUCUCGUUCGGUGGAGGCGUCAUCAACUGGCUCUUUGCUCUGCCCGCGAUUUGGACGAUUGACACAUUCGGACGUCGAAACCUCUUGCUGGUGACCUUCCCCAUGAUGAGCGCUUGUCUCUUCUGGACCGGACUGAACUUCAGCGUUGAGGCCGAACAAGUCCGCCUUGGCUUAUUGGCAACCAGCAUUUACAUCUUCAUGGCUGUUUACUCUCCAGGAAUGGGCCCCGUUCCAUUCACCUACAGCGCGGAGGCGUUCCCACUGCAUAUCCGAUCCUUAGGUAUGGCUUCGGCCACAUCCAUCACGUGGGCCUUCAACUUCCUGAUCAGCUUCACCUGGCCAAAAAUGAAGGAAACGUUUGGAGGACACAACGCUUUCUACUGGUACGCGACAUGGAACCUGGUGGGCUGGGUCUUUGCAUACUUCCUCCUGCCCGAGACCAAGGCGCUUACACUUGAGGAACUGGAUCUUGUCUUCAGCGUCCGAAACCGUGACCACGCGCGAUACUAUGCUCAGCGGUUGACUUGGUACUUCAGGCGGAUGCUUGGGCAGGACGUCGAUCCCAUGCCCCCUCUGUACCAGUUGGAAACAGAGUCGUCGGUGAUGGUGGCUGACUCAAAGGGCAGCACUGCGGAGUGA